AUGCCUGCAUCUGCCGUGCUGUGGUUUCUCUGGUAUGUUCUGCAACAUCUUUGCGCCUGUGCCCGUGGCGAGGGAGCGGAGGAGAGUUCCUGCGGCGACAGGUUUGCCUGCCAGGCGCCCGUACGCGGGGCCUCGAGUCCGUCACGCCGACCCCUGACCAGCGGACCGCUGAUGAUUCAGAUGUCCAAGGUCCAGUCCGUCGGGAGAUCGCGCGAAGUCACCACCGACUCUCAGGAGGUGAUGGACGCACUGGAGCUGCUGGCAAACAUCAACAGCUACCGGCGUUCCAAAGGUCUGGAGCCAGGGGAGAUUUCACCGGCCCUGAUGGCGGUGGCCUUUGCGCACGUCCAAGACCUCAAUGAGUUUCGGCGAGAGAGCGGCUGCAAUAUGCACUCCUGGUCAUCGAACUUUCCAGACUGGCGCACGGGCUGCUGUUACACCCCCGACCACUCGCAGGCGGAUUGUAUGUGGAGUAAAGGCCGUGAGAUCACCUCUUGCUGGCCUUCUCCGUACAGGGGCAACAUCUACGAGAACUCUUAUUCCGGUCCUGCCGAUCCCUUCUCAGCGGUGAGCGCGUGGAAGCGGAGCAGCGCGCACAAUGCUGUGAUCCUCAAUGAGGGAAUCUGGUCUCGUUUCAACCCUUGGCCGGCGAUGGGGGCAGCGAUAUGGGGAAGCUACUCCGUGCUCAUCUUCGGAGAUCGCAAGGACCCCAAUGGUGCUUUCAAGAGCAGCAGCGUCUACAUCGGGAUACCGCAGUAUCCGCACCCCUUCUUCAGGUUUAUGACGACAGUUGGAUGUUCUGAAGUCGGUCUUUGUGAUGCGUCGUAA